AUGAAAGGUUACAUAGCUGGUGCCGUUUUCCUUGGCCUUGUGGGAACAUCUCUGUCCUUUCUUGUUAGUGGACCUAUCCACGCAUCAUGCAAAGCACAGUGGACCGUAGGAAUGGCGUGCAGCCAAGUAGAAACCGCCCUCCUUAACCAAAUCCAGGCUUGGUCUGGUCCUGAAAACUGUAGAUCCGGACCCAUCAAUGAGAAGUGUCUCUAUGUGUUGACGAGUAACAGUGGCGGUGUUAUAAAACUCACACAUGAGACUCCUCUGAAACAUUACGUCGAUGAUGUUACAUUCACUCUGAAGCCACAGGGCGACGAUAGUUGCGUCAUCGCUGGGUACUCUACUGCCGAAACCUGGUAUGCCGUUCUAGAUCAGGGAACAAACUACUGUAACAUGUUCAACCUCCUGGAAGGUGCCAGCUUUACCACAGCAGAUGGAUACUCAGAAUCUGCCUCUGACGACACAUGUACUCAACGAACGUCAGCUGACUGUUCUAGAUAUUAA